AUGAUAUACUUAGUCACCUCCGUCCUUACGCUUUGCAUGACGCUUGGUCUCUCAACUGCUGUCUUAGAUAGAGGCCCCGUGACCUCUACCAUCGAGAGCUACGAAGAUCUAGCCUACAAAUACGGAGCACCUUUCUCAUACACACAGGAGACUAGCAAUUUCUAUGCGACUGCCCUACCCACGGGGUUGUCGUUGAGUUUUGCACCAAAAUUUGCCACUUUGGAGUCAUUGCUCCCACGGGAUGUUACUUAUACAACAUACAACUUAGACCCUUCCGCUACGCAGCCUGGUCGUUAUGGUCAAUCGGCCUUUGCUGAAUUAUGGGCACCUAUCAAGUAUCGGAACUCAACCCUACCUUUUAGCACGACAGUAUCACCAACUCCUGUCCCUAAGAGUGAUCUCGUAUUUCCCCUUCACUCUAUCAAGCCCGUCCCACGUCUGGCUCUUCUCUCACGACACGUAAGCUCCCUAAAAACUUUAUCUGGGGAGUUGCUAGCAGUGCAUGGCAGAUUGAGGGGGGGAUUGAUGCUAGAAGGGCGAGGUCCAUCAAGCCUUGACAUUAUUGGGGCUCUGCCGCAGCCAGAAACUGGUUAUGCAAAUGACUCUGUCAUUUCCGCAAUGCACUAUCUUCUGUACAAACAAGAUAUUGCUCGGCUGGCUGCUCUUGGAGUUCCACAUUUCUCUUUUUCAAUCUCGUGGACUCGCAUUGUGCCCUUUGGUGAAGAAAAUUCGCCAAUCAACGAGCUUGGACUCCGACACUACGAAGAUGUGAUCGAAACGUGCCUUUCGUACGGUGUCACUCCGAUGGUCACAUUAUUUCAUGGUGAUGCUCCUUUGAACCUUUCUUUCGACGAUCCGGAUUUUCCGGAUGCAUUUUUGUAUUAUGCAAAACAGGUCAUGACCCGCUUCGCCCAUCGGGUCCCGAUAUGGGUUACUUUGAAUGAGCCCAAUUUGCUGGUGGAGAGAGCUGGAUAUGGCGCAAACUACAAUCUUCUUAAGGCUCACGCAAAGGUUUAUCACUGGUACAAAGAUAGUCUUCGAGGAGAUGGAAAAGUUACUGUGAAAUUUGCCAACAACAUUGCCAUUCCACAAGAUCCCACGAACGAAACACAUGUUCAAGCUGCGUUACGCUAUCAAGAGUUCAGCCUUGGCACCCUAGCCAACCCGAUAUUCCUUGGGAAAACCUACCCGAAAUCUGUCUUUAAUACAGCCGGGACAAACUUAACAAUAUUAUCGGAAGAAGACUUGGCAUUUUUCAAGGACACAAGUGAUUUCUUGGCAAUCGACCCUUACACGGCCCAAUUCGCCUUGCCUCCUCCAAACGGCAUUGAGCAGUGUGCGAGAAACUCAUCAGAUCCAAACUUUCCUAUGUGCGUUGUCACGACAGAGUUGCAGGCCAAUAAUUGGUUAAGCGGCGAUGCAAGCGGUGAUUACACCUAUCUCAAUCCACAAUAUUUUCGCCAAGCCCUGGGAUACCUUUGGAAAACGUUCCGGCCCUCUUCCAUUGCAAUAACUGAGUUCGGAUUCAAUCCUUUCAUGGAAUCCGCACGUGAUGUCAAUAAUCAGCGGUAUGAUAUAGAGAGGACCCUCUAUAUCGAGAGCUUUCUUGAAGAAAUGCUCAAAGCAAUACAUUUGGAUGGUGUCAACGUUAUCGCUGCAUUUGCAUGGUCCAUUAUGGACGACAAUGAGUUCGGCAGCUACGAACAACAAUAUGGAAUGCAGCAUAUCGAUCGCUCAAGUCCAGUCUUGGAGAGAGCAUACAAGCGAUCGAUGUUUGACUUUGUUGACUUCUUCCAUUCGCGAAUCGUCUAA